AACUUCAGCGGCAACUUCGGAGUCAGCUAUCAAGAUCUGAGCAUGUUCAAGGACGAUCAUUUGGCCAGUCUGAAAACGUCAUCGUUGAUCGACCACUUCAUCAAAAACAAAAAGCAGCGAUCUCAACCAGCCAAUGACAUCUCUAGCGGCUUGACGAAAAUUUUAAAAUUAGACACGCUCCAAGAAUGCGACCGAUCGUCUAAAUUUAAAUCGUCGUCCUGCAGUGAACCUAACUUAUUUCAGACGGCCAGUGAGAAAAACGGAGUGAACACGAUUCAUGUGUAUAGUGUUCCAAAGGAUUUGAAUUUUAUUGGUGAAUUCAGUGGUGCUAACAGCGGCGGUUGUGAUUCAGUUGCUGUACAGGAUUUAAAUCUCGCCGAUUUGCAGCUCGAAACGUUUCUGGAAAACGAUGAAAUGAGUGUGAAGAAGGAAAAAAUGACUCACUACUCGCGCGAGGGUAGCUACGCUGAAGCUAUGGCCAACAGGGUGGAUCUCAGCGAUGACGAGCACAGUUUGUACAACAGGAGAAAACCGAAGCUACCCAAAACUCCCAUAGUGGAGUUUGACAGACGAGUUCUCAAAGCGAUUUCGGAACAAAGCUUCCAGAGCUUGGCUAGUAUUUUGAGCAUCUCGCAGACCUUGCAACAAACUGAUGCGUAUCUAGAUAGUGCAUUCACGUCUACGCCUAUUUCGUCUGCAGCAAAACGCAAUGUGGCCAGUACUCCGAAUUUGGCGGUGACAGAUCAAACCCAACCAGCAAAGCCAUUUUUCGACGAAGAACGUCGAAAAUCCGUUCAAGAUAUACGAAGAAAAGGUAGCAUAAUCAAAUCCAGCACUAGCACGAGCGGGAUGUCCGACAGCGAAGAGAAAACUUUAACUUCUUUGAAAAGUUUCAACGGAUCUACGAAUUCUAAAGGUGUUCACUUUUCACCCGUAGUAUCCGAAGUAAACUGGCGAGAUGACAGCGUGUCUACAGUUACGCCCGAUCGGGAAUCCAGUUACAGUUUAGGAAGUUCAUCACCGGAAAGAAGGCGAUCACCUUCCAAAGAGAUAGUGAAGCCGAAAGCUAGGUUAGGUACCCCCGUUGGGCUGUCUUAUUCGCAACCCGAUUUAUCUGACAACGAUACCUGCAGGAGGGAAUUCGUUGAUUCUUUGAAGAGUCUCAGGCAAGAUAUGAGCAAAAGUCAACCAGACGUGACGAAGUUCAAGAGGAGGGGCAGUCAACUCAUCAAGAAAGACAAGGACGGCAGCGUGAUCAAGGCCUACGUAGAUCGCGACGGCAUUCAGUACAAACAUACCCAUUUGGACAUCGCCAUGGGCUUCGGCGGAUCAGCGCCCCUCCAUAACAACAACACCGAAAAAUCGGAAACUACCAGGCAAAGCAGCUCCAACAAGCCAGUUCACGCGAUGGAGGCGCAAGGCGCGUUUCGAGAAGUCGGCCAUGCGCAAAAAGAGUCAAAACAAUCGAAAGCUUCGGGCAAACUCGGAGGGUUCUUCUCGAGGUUGGCGAGUUUCAGGUUCAGUUUGAAGAAAGGGGCGGAGGAAAAGUCGAAGCUGAAGAAGAAAACGCUGGAGCGAAACACAGGAGGUACCAACAUGGCUUUCCACCAGCGAGUCGCAACCAAAGAGGAUUACAUCUACAUCCCUCUCAAAGGCCCGCUCCCAAACUCCGCGCCCAAUAACAACAACAACACGCCAAAAACCAAUUCUGUUACGUCGAAACCCCCAUUGCCGAAACAGCCACCGCCGCGCGUCGUCCACGCAAGCGUCAAGACGCCGGCGUCGUCGAGCGAGCAGCAGCGGCCUCAUCGCCGUAGGACUAUCGAUUCUGCCGGCGGUGGCCAACUGCCCAUGGAGCCCAUGGGGCUGAUCGAGACCGAUUUAGACACGGAAGUUACCGUCAUCACGAGCGGUGCCAAUGUGAAAACGAGGAGCCUCCUGGAUCUGGGGCCUCAGCCCCGAUUAAUGCUCGCCCCCAACGAGGAAGGCACUGACCAUCCCGCCAGACCCCACAAGUCGAUGGAGUUCCUCCUGGACAAGCAGAAUCUCAAAGUAGUUGAGGUGAGUU